AGAAAAAAAAAAGAGGAACCGAAAUGAGAAGCAAACUAUCUGGUGAAGCAAAUGGGGUUAGAUUAGGAGAACGACAGGGUGUUAAAACAAAUUGCGGGGAAUUAUCAGUGUGACUCAAAGGCCAGCCGCUCCUCAGUCACUCGCUCCGAGGUUUACCUCCAGCUCGGACUUUUCUGCUGAAGUCAAACUCAGUUCUCGUUGCUUUCAGCGCGGCUCAUGGCGGAAGCGGCGGCUCAGCUGUGAAUCCGGACCGCGGCGUCUUUUUGUUCGUUUUUAAGUGAACGCCUCUCGUCUCGUGAGUUUUUGUUUCCCCCUGACUUCUCGCUCUUUCGUGCUCUUCGGGCGGGUUUUUUUGUGAACUCUUCACGCCGGUAAUUUUUUUUUCCCGGCUUCGUGUAUUUGCGGCUGUCUUCUGCGUUGCCAGGUCCGGUGAACUCGACGCAUGCAGUCUUAAUCUGUGUCUGCGUCUGGGUUUCUGAAGCGAAGGGUUAAAAAAAAAAAAAAAAAAAAAACGGGAUUAGAAGAUUGGAAAAACAAAAUGAACAUCAGCAGUCUCGGCGAAGAAGACUUGAACAAGCUGUCGAAGUUGCUGGACAACUCCAGUUGUGGAUGGAGGCAGCUGGCCAGCGCGGCGACUGAACACCCGCAAUUCCGCUGCAGUGAAAAGGAGCUGACCACCUGCUCCAUUCAGGUGCUGGACGCUGCAGGCAGCCCUGCCCGCACACUCCUGGCGUGGUUAGCGGAUCGCGGCUGCACGCUUGACUUCCUCCAGCACUACCUGAGGAGGAUGGACCACCAGCAAGCCCUGCAGUUUCUCACCACUGCAGCAUUGGAGCAGAUCAAGAUCACAGUCCAGCCACAGUCUCAACAGGCUCCUCUGGGGAGCAGGGUGGUUCUGACAUGCAGGGCCUCUGGACCUUCUGGACUCAGCUACCAGUGGUUCAAAGGCAAAGAGGAGAUUUUACACGAGACAGGAAGUUUGCCAGAGCUGGUUCUGUGCCCUUUGGGUCCAGCCCACCAGGGUCACUACAUCUGCAGGAUCAACCAUGGAGAAAAAUGCAUCUUCUCCACGUGGGCUCAUAUUCGACUGCUUCAUUCUGCAGGCUCCAGCUCAGGCUGCAGCAGUAUGUUUCCAGUAAGUGGACUGCGAGUCAGUCAGCAGCCCAGCUCCCAAGCAGCAUCCGAAGGGGAUGUUUUGGUCCUGAAGUGCAGAGCAGAGGCUAACCCCCCUCCCCAGUAUGAGUGGUAUCACAACGAAAUGCCCAUCCCUCAACAAAAAACAUGCUCCCUCAGGAUCCCAGGUGUGACCACAGAGCACAGAGGGGAGUACAGAUGCAAGGUGUUCAAUUUGUAUCAUGAGGCCUGGAGCGACACCGCAACAGUGACAAUUGGCCCGAGUUCAGUCACAGACGCCUCAUGGGUAGAAGUUGAUCGGGGGUUAGAGUCUCAGGAAGUCCAGAGGUCGACGACCAGAUCAGGAGUAAAUCCAGUGCAGCAGAUGGCCUGUCCUCCCCCAGCAGCCAAGAAUUUCUAUGCUACAGACAAAGUUGCUCUCCUGAUUGGCAACAUGCACUACCACUACCACCAGCAGCUGAGUGCUCCCAUUUCUGACGUCCACGAGUUGACCAACCUGCUCAGGCAGAUGGACUUUAAAGUGGUCUCCCUGCUGGACCUCAACUGCCAGGAGAUGAAGAGCGCUGUUAGUGAGUUCCUGCUGCUGCUCGACAAGGGCGUUUACGGGCUGCUGUAUUUUGCCGGUCACGGCUAUGAGAACUACGGCAACAGCUUCAUGGUUCCUAUCGAUGCUCCGGCUUCCUACACAUCGAAACACUGCUUGUGUGUGCAGAACAUACUGACCAGGAUGCAAGAAAAAAAGACUGGACUCAAUGUCUUCCUGUUGGACAUGUGUCGCAAAAGAAACCCAAACGAUGGGUUGAUCGUACAACCGGGAACACUAAAGGUCACAGCCAACAUAGUGUUUGGUUAUGCCACAUGUGUUGAUGCUGAAGCGUAUGAGGUAAAAAGAGAAGAUGUGUCAAAUGGCAUCUUUAUCAGCUUUCUCAAACGGCAUGUGUGUGAGGACGAGAAGGUCACCGUGAUGCUGGACAAAGUUGCUGAAGACAUGGGUCGCUGUGCGAUUACAAGAGGAAGGCAGGCUCUGGAGCUGCGCAGCAACCUGUCUGAGCGGCGUUCCCUCACAGACCGCAUAUUGCCACUGGACAGUUCUGCCUCCGACUCGGCUCGGAAUCUGCAGUGGGCCAUCGCUCAUGUUCUGCCUGAGAGUCGCUCCCUCAGUUUUGACUGCGGUGUGAAGGUCCAGCUUGGAUUUGCGGCAGAAUUCUCCAACAUCAUGGUCAUCUACACUCGGAUACUUGAGAAACCUGCAGAAAUAGAUUCCUGCAGCGCUCAGCUUACAGACUUCCCACAGGAAGUGGACAUUGACCUGAAGAAGAGUAACCAGGAGACUCUGUUUGAAGCUGGCUGUUUGCUGCUGAUUAAGGAGGAACUCCCUUCAGUGGAGGAGCACAGUCUUUACACACGCAUCCGCAGUCUGCAGAGACUCAAGACGGACCUCGCCUUCACCGUCUGCCUUCACUACACGUAUUCCAACAUGGAUGAAGAGGUAGUGGAGAGGCUGCCAGUCACAGUGGGCAAACCUUUGGUCUCCAAACUGAAUCUCCACGAACCUCGAACGUCUAGCAGCUGCUCUGCCACCCUGGGCUCCAGCCUCGACUCCUUCAGCUGCCCUGAGAGCUCCUCCUUAGCCUCCGUCGAUUCUCCCUCAAACACGUGGCCACACUAUGGAGACACUGGCAGCGCAGUUUCUCUAUCUGACUCUCUGACUUUUUCCAGGGGUGCCAACCUACCAGAGGAGAGUGACAGUCCCGGAGAAUUGGAUUCACAUCAACCUCUGACUGCCAGCAAAAGCUUGCCCCAGAGCCAACUCAAUGAAAUUAGCUACAAAUUUAGUGACAUGUACAACCUCCAUUCUUUAUAAGCAUCUUACUUUAGGGGAUUAUUUCCAUGUUUUUCUAUGCAAAUUAACAUUUCAAACUAUUUAAGACUGAGAUAUUUUUACAUCUAAAUAUAACAAAUACAAACUGUAUUAAACAGACUGUGAAUAAAAGAUAAAUAUCUUUGUGAAUGGUGUUAAUCUACACAUAUAUUUUUGUAAUUUAGUUAAUGUAUUUAGCUGAUAUUUUGUGCUAGUAGCAAUGUACUUCCCCUCUUUUGUUAUAAGUCUGUUCUUAUUUGUAUGACACUGCACAUGUCAAUACACUGAUUUAAAGAUCAAAUUUAACAAUUAAAAUGUAGCAUGACUUCA